AUGGCGGAGCCGUGGCGGGGAGCGGAGCCGCUGUGGCGGACGCCGCCGGGCCGCCUGGCCCCGCCGCACAUCUACCGCAUGGCGGGGGCGCUGGGCGCCGAGCUGCGCCGCCUCUCCGGCCGCUUCGGGCCCGAGGCCGUGGCCGGGCUGGUGCCGCCCGUCGUGCGGCUGCUGGAGCUGCUGGAGGCGCUGGUGGCCCCGGCGGGCGCCGAGGGGGAGGCGUCGGCAGCGCCGGCCGGGCGGCAGGACGCGGAGGACCCAGAGCAGAGGCUGUGGGAGGCCGAGCGCCGGGAGCGGGCCCUGCACGGCCGCCUGGCCCGCCUGGAGGAGCAGAACCGGCAGCUCCUGGGGCAGCUUGAGGAGAGCCAGUCCCAGGAAGGUGGGUGUCCCAAGGGGUCCGGGGACCCCUGCCCGCAUGGGGGAGCAUGAGUGCUGUUCUGCAGGCCACAGGGACCCCAAAGCUCAGAUAGCACAGUGCGGAAGGAGCGGGAGGUGAUGCUGCGGCUGAAGGAGGUGGUGGACAAGCAGAGGGAUGAGCUUCGUGCCCAGGCCCAUGAGAUCGUCUGCAAGAGUCGAGACACGGAGGCGCUGCAGGAGCAACUGCAUCGCUUCAUGGCCAUGAACGAGGACCUGCGUCACAAGGUGGCCGUGGUGCAGGCUCAGCUCAAGAGCGCGCUGGAGAAGAAGUCGGACCUGGAGGCUGCGAUGCUGCAAACCCAGAAGGAAAUGAGCAGGAGGAGCAGGACCGCCUCUGAGAUCCAGCACCCAAAGCCCAGCCUGGAAGGAGCCCCAUCACCCGCAGAGGAGCUGCAGCACCAGGACGCAGAUGCGGGCAGGAGCCCUGCUCACUGCUGCUUCUCCAAGGAAGAGCUGCAGCAGAUCCUGCAAGAGCGGAACGAGCUCAAGACCAACCUGUUCUUGGUGCAGGAGGAGCUGGCCUAUUACCAGCGGGAGCUGCUGAACGAAGAGAGAGUUCCCAGCUUCUUCUUGGAUGCGAUGAAGUCGACUAUCAAAAGACAGAGAAAAAAAAUCAGAGCCAAAAUGCUGGGAACAGCGGAGGAGUCGGCAAGCAGCGAUGAAGACGAGGGCUCCUGGCUCCCAGCUCGCCGCGCGGACUGCGUGGAUGCUCAGCCUCCCGAAUCCAAAAUUAGGAGCUUUUUUGGGCUGUGGUAUCAGGGCAGCAGCAAAGACCCCCCCGCAUCCAGCUGCUCCGGAGCCUGGGAAAUCAUCGACUCACUGGACACGCAGCUGGAGCCGGAGGGAGGGAGCAAGCCGGUGGCCGGCUCCCCCGACAGAGCCACGCCACCCCUCUGACCCCACCUGAAUGGGAGCUGGAUCUGGCCUUGCAGCAGCGCUUCCCGGCUCCUCUUCUCUCGGCGUCUUCGAGAGCAGCACGGCAGCCCUGGCCGCUUCCCCAUGCUGUGGGGACGGCAAAGCUGCAGCGUGGGCAACCUUCUUCCAAACCCACUGGGACGCUCGGCCGUGGGGUGCUGGCCUGGCACGGGACGGCUCUGCACCUCCAGGCAUCUCUGCCUGUCGGCCACCCUUUUGUUGUGCCCGUGGCUUAACUAUGGGGACCUGCACAGCCGUGCCCCUGCUCCCCACUUCUCUGUGCUUGCCGCUCAGCACGGCGGGGGUCUGCACCCUCUUUCCACUGCCGCACCCCAAAAGGCUCUUCCCGUCUGCUGGUGGCUCUUUCCGCCAAACACCUCUGCUCGCAGCCCAGGAUCCCCUUGCCCGGUCCUGCUCUGUGGGGGUAUUUCGCUUCACCCCUUUCCGUUCAUACCUCCUCCCAUCCGUGCAAUGUGAAGGUCGAGUUGGGGUGCCCGACCCGGCCGGCUGGGUGCUGUCCCGGGGUCACUGCACAGCUGGGAGGGGCUGAGCACGCUACACCGGGUGUCCGGGUGCUCCCGUGUCUGGGAGCAGUCAGGAUCAGCACCGCCAGUGCCACUCCUGCACUUUUCAGAUGUGGGGUGAAUCGGUUUUGUACUGGGACCUCUUCCUGCUGCUACAGGGAACUGGAAGACUGGAACAAUCCUCGUGUUCACGGGGGCGAGUUGGUCCC